GUACUAUGCUUGUCGUGGAUUGCUGCCUCACGUGUACGCAGGGCACAUCUUGGGUGUUUAGAUGGACUUGCAAUGUUGAGCAGAUCACCAUGUUAAAAGAUGAGCAUUUAGAGUAGUGUGUGCUCGCCAAGGACCUUUUAUGCUCAUGUGUAAUCAUCAAUUCUUUUUUCCUGACAUUUAGCAUGUAGCCAACUUUUACUUGUAUGUACAAUAUAUUACCUUGCUCAGUUAUAUGACUUGCACACAGAAUAUAUUGCAUCUGUAGGUCAUGUGACCUGCCUAUGGAAGAUAUGAGUGUCCUCGGAAAAUAUUAUGAUGUUGGAUCAACUAUGGUUGCCACAUUAUGCGAGUCAACAUUUAGUGAUCUACAAGUUUAGACCAUGGCACUAUGUUCAAUGCUCAGCAAAUCCACCCUUUGCAGUUGGGACGGUGGCGUGCCAGAAGGGCUGUCUUGCGAGUUGACAGGAGAGGGAGUACACCGGCGAGGCUUCUGAGAUGGCUGAGGGAUCUGUUUAGGGUUUGCUGGUUCAUUUCUCCUGGCCGGGGUCUGCUUGUGCGCUUGGCUCCCAGGCCGCGCUGCUCGAAGUUGCUUCGCUGGUUUCCUUGCAGGCACCCAAGCUUUUCUUCGCGCGAUGGCAUCAGGCGCACGGAGGGAGCUCUUCUCCGUCGGUGUGAUGAACAACGACCGUGAUCUCCGUUCCACAUCGUCACCAGCUAGCAAGAUGAAGCGUUCUGUCACGAUUAGGCCGAAGGCUAUGCUUAGCGUCGUUCUUGCUGAAGCUGGUUUACCUGAGGUGAAGUACAAGACCUACGCAUCUUACCGUGGCGGUGUGGCGGCUACUGCUAUCUUCUGGCCAUCACAGUCGCGUUCGUCUACAGCGGCAGAGCAUAUGAGGAUCAAUGGCGACCCAGCUGUGGAUGCCAAUGAGGCCAUGCAAAAUGCCGCUACAUGGUGCUUGGAGCAUCUUCAGGCCACCAUGGGUAUUGAAUUUGACUGCCCUCAAAUGCAGAAGAUUAAGACCGAGAUGAAGUACCUAUCGAGCAGUGUCGACGAGAAGGACAGGAAUAUCAGAGAUCUGAAGGCUAAGGUGGAAAAAAGGAAUAUGUGGGUCAACGGGCUUACCAAGGGCUGGGGUUCACUGGCAGAUGACCUGCUAGGUUCUGCAUAUGAUCAAGCUUUGCUUCCGACUGGUGCUUCGGUAGUUCUACAUUUUUUAUCAUGGCUGAAAAUGCAUUCCACCGUGUAGGCUUACUCUCCUAUGAUGCUUUCUACGCUCUUGUGAUAAGUAAAUGACAGUACUUGCUUCAAUCAUUUUGAUUCUGAUUAGAUCUUUAUUUCCAUUUAACUUCCUGCUA